AUGGCUAUCUCAAGACGGCCCACUGAUCUUGAGGCGCAAGCCAAUCAAAAGUUCUCACUGGAGGAUCUUGGGGCCCUCCAUGAUCCUAAGUCUCUACAAAAACUCUCAGAAUUAGGCGGAAUCGACGCGUUAGUCUCUGGACUGGGCACCGACGAGGCCAGAGGCUUGUCUUCUGACAUCCAAGGACAAGAAUUACAGCAAAGAAAGAAAACAUACGGCAUAAACACACUUCCACAAAAACCUCCAAAAUCGUUUCUCAAGUUAUGUUGGGAGGCCAUGCACGAUCAGAUCCUCAUCAUGUUGACCAUCGCAGCCAUAAUAUCACUAGCACUGGGUCUCUACGAGACUUUUGGUCAGCCUACUGAGUACGACGAAGAAGGCAAAGCAAUGCCCAAAGUCGAAUGGGUCGAAGGUGUGGCCAUCAUUGUGGCCAUUUUGAUCGUGGUGCUUGUUGGAUCGCUCAACGACUUCAACAAAGAGCGCCAAUUCACCAAACUGAACGCAAAGAAAGACGAUAGAAACAUCAUCGUUUAUAGAUCGGGCGAAAAACAGUUUUUGCCUAUUGGAGAGUUGCUUGUCGGAGACUUGGUGUACGUCGAGACAGGUGAAGUGGUCCCUGCCGAUUCCGUGCUCGUCUCUGGAGAGUGCGAAUGUGACGAGAGUGCAUUAACAGGUGAAACUCACGCUAUACGCAAGAUCCCUGCAAGGUACGCCUUGGAACAUUACGAAGCUCUUGGCGACGCAUCGAAAGAUAUUGGAGACAAGGGAGUUGACGACCCAAUGUUAAUAUCUGGUGCCAAGCUGAACAGCGGUCAAGGUAAAGCCAUUGUGACUGCCGUUGGCACCAACUCAAUGCAUGGAAAAAUCAUGAUGUCUCUUCGUCACGAGGCGGAAGAGACUCCGUUACAAGCCAGACUCACAGGACUGGCAGAUGGUAUUGCCAAGUUCGGAUUCUUGGCAGCCAUAAUCUUGUUCAUCGUGCUUUUCAUCAAGUUUUGUGUGAAGCUUAACGGGGACUACUCUGGAUUGACCGGUGCUCAAAAAGGUACAAAGUUUGUCAACAUCUUGAUCACUGCAAUUACCAUUAUUGUGGUGGCUGUUCCUGAAGGAUUGCCGUUGGCCGUGACUCUUGCUCUUGCCUUCGCUACAACGCGUAUGAUGAAGGACGGCAAUCUGGUGCGUGUUUUGAAGAGUUGUGAGACAAUGGGCGGUGCGACCGCUAUUUGCUCAGACAAGACGGGUACUUUGACGGAGAACAGAAUGCGUGUUGUUCGUGGAUUUAUUGGAGACCAGGAGUUUGACGAUACCAAUUCAGAUGGAACCGUAACCAGUCUGGAGGUGGCGGGACAAGUCGCUGAUAGAUUGAAGGCAAGCGUCUUGGACAACGUUAUGUUGAACUCCACCGCUUUCGAGUCCAAGAAGGAGGAAAAAGCUCCAGUGAAGGAGAAAUCCAGUUGGUUCAAGAAGUCACCACCACCAGUGCAGCAGGAGGUUGAAGAGGAGUUUGUUGGAUCCAAGACCGAGUGUGCUCUUUUGCUAUUGGCAAAGGAUAAAUUCAAAGCCAUUGGCGACUCGAGCCCAUUGGACUUGAUCCGGGAACACUCGCAAAGCCGUAUAGUCCAGGUAAUUCCCUUCGAGUCUUCUCGUAAGUGGGGAGGACUGAUUGUCAAGACAGACUCUGGAUACAGAUUCUACAUCAAGGGAGCAUCUGAACUUGUUUUUUCUCGCUGCAGCUUCAGAUCCAAGUCUGAUGGAACCAUUGUUCCGAUCACGAGCACCGUGAAAGAGCAGAUCAAUUCUCAAAUCACGGUUCUUGCUGAAGACGCCCUCAGAACUUUGUGUCUUGCUCAUUGUGAUUAUGACGGUUUGAGUUCAUGGCCGCCUGCAGAGUUGGCUAAGAACGAUAACAGAAAGGAGGCCGAUCCAAUGCGUCUUUUUGGGGAUGCUGUUGAGAUUCUCGCGAACGAUGCAAACGCUGCUGCAGAGAAGAACAACAACCUUCCAAAGAUCGUUAUUGGAGAAAGUGAGAACAAGCAGGAAGGAUUGGUUCUUGACAGUUUGGUUGGUAUCCAGGAUCCACUAAGAGAUGGAGUGAAGGAAGCAGUUCAAAAAUGUGCCAGAGCAGGUGUCCGUGUUCGUAUGGUUACCGGUGACAACAUUUUGACGGCUCGUGCCAUUGCCAGAAAUUGCAACAUCCUCAACGAAGAACAGUACAACGAUCCAAGCGCAUGCAUGGAAGGUCCUGUUUUCCGGACGCUCAGCGACCAGGAACGGAUCAGUCUAAUUCCAAAGCUGUGCGUUUUGGCGCGUUCUAGUCCUGAGGAUAAGCGUAUUUUGGUUGACACUUUGAGACAUCUGAGGGAAGUUGUUGCUGUCACUGGUGACGGUACCAAUGAUGCACCAGCUCUGAAGUUGGCCGACGUGGGCUUUUCCAUGGGAAUCGCAGGAACAGAGGUUGCCAGAGAGGCUUCUGACAUCAUUUUGACCACCGACGAUUUCUCCUCAAUUGUUGACGCUAUCAAGUGGGGAAGAACCGUUUCCACGUCGAUCCGUAAGUUUGUUCAGUUCCAGCUUACAGUCAACGUUACUGCCGUUGCGUUGACCUUCAUCUCAUCUGUUGCAUCUUCGGACGACAGCUCUGUUCUUACUGCAGUCCAACUGUUGUGGGUGAAUCUCAUUAUGGAUACGCUUGCUGCUCUGGCCCUGGCCACAGACAAGCCUGCCGACGACGUGCUAGACCAGAAGCCUGCCGGUCGCCAUGCUCCGCUGAUUUCGACGUCCAUGUGGAAGAUGAUCAUGAGUCAGUCUGCCAUCCAGCUGAUCAUUACAUUUGUGAUCCAUUUCGCAGGCGAGCAGAUCUUUUAUCCGAACGGUCAUGUGACCGACCACGACAGAACCAAACUUUCUUCGCUGACGUUCAACACUUUUGUCUGGCUACAGUUCUUCAAUCUGUUCCUCACGCGGAAGCUGGACGAAGGAGAUGGAAUUACGAAGGUGAGAGACAGAAUCACUCGGUCUAACUUGGACUUCACACAGCAUUUCUUCAGCAACUGGUACUUCCUUGCAAUUGCAGCGAUUAUUGCCGGUUUCCAGGUUUUAAUCAUGUUUGUUGGAGGAGCAGCUUUCAGUAUCUCGCGCCAAACUGGAGCUAUGUGGGGAACCGCAAUUAUCUGUGGUCUUGUGUCCAUUCCUGCUGGAAUCAUGAUUAGAAUUGUUCCAGACGUUUGGGUCGAGAAGAUUUUCCCUACAAAGGCGUUCAACAAGCUGGUGAGCCUGUUGAGCUUCAGAAGAAAGAAGCACAAGGAAGCUGCAUUUGAGGAAGUGGAACAGAGGGAGGUGAAGACUCCUGACUUCCACGACGAGAAUGUUUUGAGUGUUGCCACGUUCAAGAAUAUAUUUGGAAGAUCAAGGUCCUCCACCUCGACCGAAACCUCUGACUCUUCGCAAAUGACCGAAAGCACGCUUUUCUCUUCCAAUGACAGCAGAUACACUGCUCAUUCGGAGGAUAAUCUCGUGAGAUUUUUGAAGAACGGAAGCAGGUCCACCAGUAACUGGAUCUUGUCCACGAGUCCCUGGUUCACCUCUGCGGAUCCUUUCUCCUUUUGGAUCUGGUCCAAGAUUGUUUCUUCGAGUAUACUGAGCGACGAGGAGAACGUGUCGAGACUGACGUUUGCAGCCGGGUCGCUCUGCGUGGAGCCUGUUGGUGCAAAGGACAACGUGCUCGAAGCGUUCUGUAGUUUUCCUUCCUCAAUUGUGCUUGUGAGCACCACGGCUUGGAUUAUCUCGAAUAUGUCCAGUGUGGCUUUUAUACGCUCUUUGACCAGUUUGAGGUCCUGGAAGUCCUUGACAAGGUCUUCCGACUGA